GUCAAACCCUCGCGAUUCUCUUUGGAGUGUUCCAUGUUUUCUGCGAGUUGCAUCAUAGAACAGCGUAAAGGCCGGAGUUGUCCGUGAUUUUGUACGAGUGAGAUUCCGAUUUAAUCGAUCCCGGACCGCAGAAAUGGCUGAUUUUGACGCCGCGAGCAAAGGCUCCGUUGACCCCGAGCUGCAGGAUUUCCUGAUGGCCGAGAAACAGAAGGCUCAACUUAGCGCUCAGAUCCACGAGUUCAACGACAUCUGCUGGGACAAAUGCAUGGACAAGCCGGGAAGCAAGCUGGACAGCCGCACGGAGACCUGUUUGAACAACUGCGUGAACCGAUUUAUCGACACUUCGCUUUUCAUCACGACGCGAUUUGCCCAAACACUGCAGAAGAGCCAGUCGGGGAUGUGAGCCGAUAUGGUCCGACAUGCGACCGGAUGCUGUAUUUAAAAUUUGAAUUUUAUGCUUUUGUGUAAUGCAAAUGGAACCGUUUCUCUAAGGAUGGGAAAUAAAUAAUUGUUAGACAUAUGUAA